AUGGCCGGUGUCCCUUCCACUCGUUACAGCCGACACCCUCCUCCCGCAGCGCACCGCCGCUCUCGUCUCUCUCUCACUGAACGUCGCCCCUCCCCCUCGGGCCUUUCCUGCUGUUGCCCACAGCGCUGCAUCUCCACCGGCUGUUUAACUAGUAUGUCUGAGUCACCUAUCCAUCCAGACAGGUCGUUUAUUUGCAGUUUCUCAUUCUACGUGUUCACUAACGCUUAUUAUACACAUUUCCCAUACCCAUGUCGUUAUAUUAUACUAUAUCCCUUACUUGAUGUAUCUUCUUCUCCUGCGUGUGAAUGACUAUCAAGAGAUGCUAACAGUUCUGUUCAGGUCUACCUCCCCCAGGAUCUCAGCGUGUCCUCACUUUGGUGUGUGCUACCCUUGACGUCCUCGGCUGCUACACCCUAUAGGAGUGUCCACUGCGAUCUGCCGAGGCGGUUGAUUGCCUCCAGUCCCCACAGAAUGUAUUUCUUUUUGAACAUUUGGUCCCUACUGAUUGUACUGUUUUUCUUUAUUUGGAGCCUAGCGCAUGUAUUUCGGAGGUAUACAAGGCAUAUUUUCUCGAGAAAGCUUGGAAAUAUCAAAAUCUAUUUUGGGUCAGAAAGUGGCACCGCAAAACAAUUCGCUGAUGAGGCAGCGAAGUGCAUUAACCUAUCUCUCAAAGUGAAUAUUAAGGUUUUUGACCUCCUUGACUUUUCUCGGGUAGGUACCGUAUAGGUGUUACUCCCGUAUUGUGCCAUAUCUCCCUUUUUACGAAUCGUUUACACUGUUGCCCAUCCCUUUUUGACAGACUAGACUCACUUAAGUUUAUUCGGUCAAGCAUCUUAAAAGCUGAUCGUCAGUCACCUUUCGCUGCCAUUUUUGAUGUACUACUCAUAACAGAAUUGCAAAUAUCGACAAAACGAAAGGACAUUGACAAACAUUAAUGGCAACAUUACAAGCUUUUGACAUUUUCCGAGCUGGUAACCCAUGAUGAUAUUGCCGCGUUAUAAAACGCUCGUAAUUUUACGAGGUUGUUCAAUCGCCGCAUGUAUGUGCCAUUUGGGAGCCCUUUGGUAAUGGGAGAGGUAGUUGAUUGCUGCGUGGUCGGCAAGCCUUGCACGCAAUGUGCUUUAUUCAUAAGCACGGCGGCCGGGACUGGCUUUGAUAGUAGCGACGAAGUUUGAGGUAUGCUCCGCCCUGGGCGGACGUGAUGCAUGAUUGAAAAUGUAGGAGUCCCAGAGUACUGCUACCGCAAAUGAAUAAUUUGGGUGCGACGGCUAGAUGCCGUAAGUAGAAGGACCACUAUCGUGUUAAAUCGCACAUCGCCAUAUUGCAUCCUUAUGUUAUUUGUUGCUAACACAUAGUUGUUAGACAACGCGCUGUCCAUAGACGGGGUUGGUGAUUUGGUAUUUUUCUUGGUAAGCUAUCUUUUCUGAAUGACAUCACGGCCUGUUUCCAGAUGCACCUGUGCGUAGUCCGCUGCCUUAUCUUUAGUAUAUAAAAUGGUACCCCUGGGAGAGUUGUCGUAAGAUAAGAAUUCACUUGCGGAUGUUCACAAGAGUGUGUAAUUUUACCUUGGGAUCAUUGUCUUUUCUCUGUGUCAACCCCUGGUGUCUGCCCUUACACAUUUGUACACCUAUAUAAUAUGUUUUUUGGGGUAGACGCAGGUUAUUUUGCAUAUUUUCAAUGCUCUUUCGCAAGCUCGUCAUCAGGCAAAUACGCACACCUAUCUGUGCCGAAAUAGAUAAAAAGAGAGGUUGAUGUCACAGUACCGCAGUACAUUGGCCCGAACCUGUUUACGUGUACAUAAACACAAGCUUAUUGAUAGUUGAAAAGAAAGAAAUACGAAUCUGCCCGGCCCGUCAAUAUUUACCCUCUCGCCAACCCUUCCCUACCAAGAUCUUGGCGGUACCGUCUCCCACUUUCUAACUGCUCUCCUUAACAAGAAUAGUUUCGAUUGAGUAAGAGCAAAUAAGACCGGACGAGCACAGGAACAAUUUUAUUUUUCUGAGCUUUCAAACUCGUACAGCAACAGGACAGGUGACAGUUAUAGACGGUGGUUGUCAUCUAACGAUGAUGCAGGCGUGGAGGGGACUUCGAAGGACUCUGUAUGCUGGUGCCAAGUCGACACGUCGAUUGACUGAGUUCUCGUCCGAGAUCCAGGUUUUAAUACACUCUCGGCCUGCCUUGUUUUCAGCGCGGACGAUUAUGUUGUUGGCUGCGAAGUUAGAGUCUUGACCCGUUUCGAAGGUGGGCACGAUCCGGGCUUGCGUUCAGUCAGUCAGGGAAAGUUUAGGCCCGGGAUACAAUACACUACGUCUGACCGCUACCCUGGAUUUAAUCGGUUUUGGAUUUUCAUGACGUUGCUGCUCGUGGUAGCUUUAGGCUGGUGGGCAUUUCCAACGCCUAAUCUUACCGCAAUGCGCUCAUUUGCCCCUGAAACGUCCUCUUUGUAAGGCAGGGCAUGCCAUAUCGUCGGUGGUAUUUCAGAUGGGGUCUGUUGGGGGCGAACACAUAGGCAUCAGCUUGUAAACGCCCUUGGGCGGGAAUUUCACAUCAAUUGCCUACAUUGUCAUGUAAUUACAUGGGUAAGACUGGACGCGUGCUCGAGUCGCACAUACACUAACAUAAGCUAGUUACGCGACGAGGUGACGAACUAUCACAACUGGCUGUCAAAGUCUUCGAAACGGAUCACGAGUUUAACUGCGCUGCCACCGAGAUAAUCGCCCAUGCUGGAAACAAGACAGGCGGGUCGGCUUCACCAGCAGGCGUAGUAUGUCGAAAGGUUUCAACCGCUGGUGCCCUUCUUUACGUUGCGUUUUCUUAAGCUCGCAGUGUUACUUAAGAAGACACCUCAUGUAGCAAUGGUGUGUCUUUUGGUUGUUUGGAAUCGAUUAAACAAAGUCAUAAUUCCAGAAUGGGCCUCCGGGAUCUGAAAUGACUUCAGGAAAAAUUUAUUUCCGGAAAUUUUGGACAGUUGGGGUUGCUGUCUGUUUAGGAGACUACAACUUCUAGAAAACUGCUAUGCUGUUUACGGUGUAGCCACGUAGCUGCACUAGCCACACAUGGAGGCGACACACAUGCCGUCGACUAGCUAUCACAGUGCUGCAAUGAAUGCAGGGGCGACAGUAUUUUCCCCAGCGACUUGAGCAUAAAAGCUUAUCCCAGAAAUCAUUUGGCCGUCUACUCUUCAAAGAUGAAUAAUACUGACUGUGCAAAAGGUGCAGCAGUAAAUAAACUUUUUCGCAUCUAAACUUCGUAGGUAAAUUAAUCACCGUUUAUCGUAGAGGAUUGUAUUGCUUAUUUUCGUCUUAUCUGACAUUUUUAGGAUAGUUUCUACGAGCUGCUUCACGAAAGCGAUUCGGUUGUUAUUUUCAUCUUGGCUACGUAUGGGGAUGGGGAGCCAACAGAGAAUGCGCGAAUGUUCUUUCAGAUUUUGAAGUCGUAUGACGGCAGCUUGCGUGGGCUUAAGUACGUAGUAAGUUGUUUUUUGACCAGACAUUGAUUACAUGGCAACUAUUCACUAACUUUCAUUAGCAUCUCGAAUAAAAAAAUUCCGAGUCAAACAUCCUUGCCCAAACCCGACCAAGCCAACCUGUGACAGACAUUACCACCCACUUGCGGUCAAACUUCGGUCCCUUACAACCCGAUUUUAUAAUUUAAUUUUACAUUACGGUAAUUAUCCAUAUCUAUUUUGAGUCCCACCACUCAAAGCCAUCAUUGGCGCACAAUUUCCAGCUUAUGGACUCGCAUGUUCACCACGGUUAUUUGUUGCUCUCACAUUUGUUAAUAUACUUGAUAUUUGUCGUCUGUUUUAAGUAGCUUAGUUGUGAAUGCAAAUUUUGGUCUGCUAAUUUACCGGACUUUGGGAAAUGCUACUUAUUCCUAAUUAAAUAAGCCAAAGGACUUGCAGUUUCUAUACUCGUCCACUAUUAUGGAAACGAAACUACAGUAACCUGGACUGCUGUAGGUUCAUCCCAAACCAACAUUUUCAUAUGACAGGGUUCUAAAUCUGGUUUUGUCCGACAUAUUCAAAAUAACCAGGACUGUGCACCCACUUGUGCCUUGGAUUGCUGUUCCAUCAACCUGUCGGCGUUUGUUCCAUAAAACUUCACAUACUGCUGAUGGGUAGUGUUUUGUGUCUUUUUGCCCUGAAUGUGGUUUUGCCACCCUUACAUUUUGUGCCUCCAUGCUGACCGUUUUACAAAGUAUUCAGACGCAACAAUGCCGACUAAUUCGUCCCGGGUUUUCAUCCCCGGCUUGACCGUUAGUUAAUCAUCCGUCAGAAUUGUCGUUGUUUAUUUCAGUUCUUAAACUAACCCGUCGGUGCAUCUUAUUCCCCUACCCUUUGCCACGUUAGUACUUCUCUACGAUCAUUUACUCUUCUGCGUAAAUAACGCAAUGCCGGCGAGUCCGGAAAUCCAUAUUCGUUGGUAGGCGGGCCACAUACAGUCAAUGACUGAUCUCAUGAAAUGUCGACCAAACUUCUGAAAUCAUUUUCGAUUAGGAAAUACUAGUUAAGUGGGCUUUUAAUAUCGAUUAUCCUGCCGCAUAAUCCCAAGGUAUUUCAGCCACACCGAGGUGCCGGCUUUUAACUGGACUUAUUUUCGGCCGCCUACGAAAACCGCACUAGGUACAAAUGACCACUUAAAUAGUAUGAACUUUUCACACUGAUCUUCAAUGUCCUUGUAAGUUCAGGUAUAUUUUAUUGAAAACAGACACAAAAAUAUUCUUUUUUUAUACCCCUUUGGUAGUAAAUCACGUCCUCUUCUAGUUUUACUCACGAAGAAAAGGCAUAUUUUGUUUUUUAAAAGCCUUUCAAUCCCCAAAUAAUGUUGAGCCCGAUCCGCGUUGCAUUUUCGUUUAUGCUCAUUUAUAGUCUGCAAGAUGUAUACGUCUCAUGUAAGGAAAGUCAUAUAUUUCUUUGUGCCAUUAAGAAUACAUCAUUCAGGGCUCCUAAAAUUUUGCGGUGGAUGUGAACCAUGUUCUAUACCACAUGAACAGCACUACUGAAUGGUCAGAUAGGAUACUGUUUGGAUGAAUACUUCACGGUCUUAAAAAGACCAAACUGGCCAAACUGGCCAAACUGGGAAAUCCGCCUCCACCCGCUUACAUGAGCAUCAGUUAGCGGUGAGGAGACGAGAUCAUUUAUCCCAGGUGGCUAUGCACACACUGGACACUGGACACAAAUUUGCAUGGGAGAACACCCGCAUUGUUGGCGCCUGCCCAAUAAGGAAAGGCCGCGAAUUCCUGGAAGCAAUGCACUCAGAUGAGGCAUGCAUCAAUCGGCAUAUCGAUUUAGAUGCCACAUACAAAUUUCUCAAGGACAAAUGGAAGCGAGCGCAGCCAAUGCCGAAGGGAUGACGAAAUCGUUGACGCGCAUUGGCGCAGACUUCGGCCAACCAUAGAAUCAUUUGUUUGACACGGUUAAAUAGUUAACUGUUUUUGUACAUUGCCCAAAAGUCUGACGACGAGCUGGGGAUCCAGACUCGAAAAUUUACUCAUUAAAGUUUAUUCCCUUCCCAAAGAAUCUUACUUAUUUUCAAAGACCCAUAUUUACGAAAUUCUUAAAACCGAAAGUUACCCUUUCUUCGAGUGUAAAAUUUGAAGGGGACGUGAUUUGCUACCAGAUAAGCACGACAAAGAAUAUUUUAUGCAUGUUUCCCACAAAAUACACUUGAAUUUACAGAAGCAUCGAAGAUAAAUAUGGGAAGUUUAUAGUAGUCACUUUCAUCAAGUGCAUUCUCUGCAGGCGUCUGAAAAAUGCGCAAUUAAAAGCCGGCAUCUUUGUGUGUCUGAAAUAUCUUGGGUGUAUGUUGCGUAGUAACCGAUAUUACAACCCUACUUAACUAAUCCUUCCUGAUGGAAAACGCACCGCACACUUUCGGUUAAAAUUUCAUGAGAUCGGUCACUGACUGCGCACGUUAAUCUAAGCAUUUGAGACAUCGACCACUCGUUGUUGACUCCAAUGAAGUUCACCUGCUUCUCCAACCCUUUUCACUUUCACCUUUAUGCUCUCACGUAGGUGUUUGGUUUGGGAGAUUCCGCGUACCUACACUAUAAUGCAGUUGCGAAAUUUGUGGAUGACCGGCUUUCCACCUUGGGCGCAUACAGACUGCAUGAGCUCACCCUCGGUGAUGCAGCCGAUAGCCUGGAGGCUGUCUUUGCGGCUUGGCAGUCAAGUCUUAUUCCCAGCUUGGCCAAGCACUUUGGUUUGCGAACACCUUGCGCGGACGACACCGGCCUCAUGUCUGUCUCAGUUUUGGAGAGCGCCAUCUUUUUUGAAAAUAUAACAGCCGAAGCUGCUGCCAACUUGGGUGGCGUUUUCACUGGAGAGCCGGAAAUCCUCGAUUCUUUCAAAUUCAACGCCCCGUGAGUAAACUCUUCCUAGCUGACACAGCUCUUUCCCUUUAAACGUAAUUUAAGGUCCCGGAUCUUAUUGACAUGAGGGUUCAAAUAUCAAAGGCAGAGGUUACUGCCUGCUUUAGUGAGCGGGUGCAGAACCGUUGACUUGCACGUGACUUAGUUUACAGUAAGGCAGAAUUGUACGUUAUCUAUCUCACCCUCUCGUCCGCCUACUUUUCUCCCGUUUAAAGUCCAAGGGUGCGCCUAUCUACGGGCGCCACAUACACAACCAGGUUGCCCCUCUAUGUAUCAGGCUUUUACGCGGGUGAUUCGGAUCUGAUAUGCGUGAGAGUGCUGUAGGUGGCGCAUUAAGACGGAUCCAUUGCAGCAUGACUCAGUUAUUCAGUCUUUUUAAAAUACUCCAAUGAGAACCGAUUUAUCCUGUCCAUUGGCAACCUUCCAAGCCACGACUUUUAGCUCGCUGUGAUAGAAUCAAGCGCGUUAGACUUAUUAUGAUAUGUAAUGCGCUGAUUUGCCGUAAAGAUGAAUUUUCCAUUAUCAGUCUCACUCCUUCUUCCAUACACUAGUCAACGACCCGAGGUUCUCUUUCAGCUGAUGAUGAUAUUCUGACCGAUACAGAAUGACUGGCGACGAGGAAAGUCCAGUAUAUUUUAAACUCUUGUCAAAAGUGCCCCACCUACGGGAAUAAUAAACUGCUCCAUGUAUUUCUGCCUAGCAUGUUUUGCUAUCGCGACGCAUGACUACUAGAAAAUCACAACAACUGAACCUCCAAUCAUUCAAGGGAUUUGAAAAACAAAAGCUAAGUAGAUUAUACUCAAGAAACAUUUUGCACCACGGGAUACCCGUUUUCGAAAUCUUAAACCUAGAUUUAAUGCAACAAAUAGGAAACUUUUGAAGUAAAGCGUUUUAACGCCUUCCUGGAUGAAUAAUAUUUUGUAGGAUAAGUGCGAAUCACAUACGCAGAGACGAAAGUAAGUAGUUGGUUAGCAUGUCGGGCAGGUUUCUGCGCUAGUUAUUGCCUAAAGAUUUGGGUUCCUCGAUCGGCUAGCACCUCUCACCUAAGCUGGAGACGUGUUCUUUGGCUUCUCCUCCAUCUGACCUCUAUGGCACUCUAAGGCGUGAGAUCCGAGCAAUCCAGCCCUUUCGUGUCAAAACUUGGCGUAGUGUGUUUGGAGGCCAGGCCGUGUGUAGAACGCGCAGACAAUAUGAUUGGCUCUGUCAGCCAUUGGACCUGAUUCACCGACCGACCCGGACAGUGGACUGGUGCCUGGGAGAGGGAGGAGAUAGUGAAGUGGACUCUCAGCUCAUGUCCCCCACUUCGGACAAACUGACGCGCUUGAAACGAUCAUGGUCCGCCAGAAGCCGUGGCUUAAAAGGCUAUCAACUGACGGGAUAAUCCAUUCUUCCUUUCAGGACGGUGUCUGGCUUCAAUGGCCCCUUAAUGUGGCUCCUGUGGCAGUCCCACUCAAUUGGGUUCCGAGUUACCCUCCUUUUUGUGUGAAAACCUAGUACAUUGCUCGCGGACCUGACUUAUGUGGUACGCGUAAACAAGCUUUGGCUCUCUGAUCCUGUGAGCCCUGCAAAUUUCUCAAGCGUUAACUCCGUCAGCCACUGUGUCCGAUCUCGAACCCAACUUGCUUGACUCCCUAAUGAUGCCGGUCCCGGGUGGGUGAACGAGAAGAGAGUGCGGCAGACGCUGCGCAAGUCCGGAAUUAUUACUCACUCGCAAAUCACCGUCCCUGCGCCCACCUUGACGUGGAACACACGGUAGGCAUAGAGGACUCGACGGUCGAACUGUGAAGUGUAAAAUGACUAUGCGGGUCUUUUUUGUUCAUCUCUUAACUUGUUUUUCAGCACAGACCGGUUGUUGCGUGGCGUUACCUUUGUUUGAUCAGUAAGGAUUGGUUGGGGACUAGAACGGGUGUGUGCAGCGUUUAAAUCACGUGCAUGACUCCCACGUAAGGCUACAUUCGAAUGCACUGUUCCAGUCCCUCUGCUCCAACCACUUAUAUGCCUUUUGCUACCUUCUGCGUUUUCAGCAUCGUCCCUAUGCCUACUAAAUAAGCCUGUAUGCUUACAUGGAUUCAAGGACGUAUACAUGCUCCGACUGCUUCCCAUAGGGCUGCUGAAUAUCUACCAUUCAGCAACCGCUGUUAUUGCAAACUACCACCUUGAGCGUAAAAUAGCUCGUAAUUAUGGCAAUUGUGAUAUUUGAGCCAGGUCACCUCUAUCGGAGGCCGCGUUUGGACAGGUAAUUCUGUGGAGUAGCUUUUUGUUUGAGCGUGAACGCAAUGAUCGGCUUGCUUUGCUCCCUGGGCAUCUUUAAUCUGCUGGUUUUAGCAUUUUGCUUGCGCAUGUCGGUCACACUUUAAACUCGAAACAAAUAUUCGAAUGGAGCAAGCGCAAACAUUAAAUAGACAAACAGUAAUGCAUUAAACAUGGCCAAACUACGUUCUCUUUUUCCUAACUGUCCCACGCAACGCCUAGCAACCGCGGUUCGUGAUGUGGUCGGGGUUCGGUCUCGUUGUUACGUCUGCUGCGGGUAGUUUCCAACUCUCUCAUAUUUUUCAUUGAUUGGCGCACUUUCAGUGAUAAGUAAUGGAAGUAAUUUUCCCUCCGAAAAUCCCGGUGGCAUUGGCUUUCUUACUGACUCAAAGAGCAGUUUUAACGGAAAACCGACAGUUUCCGCUUCAAUUUAAACUAGUCAUCGAGCCACUUUUGGUCUAAAUCUCUCACCCGUGCUUAUUCUUGCAAUGCUUUGAAGUCACGCGUUGAUUGAUACCUGUGCAUUGUCGUGUACGUUUGCAUGUUUGAUCAUUUUCCAUCCCACCUAUGCAUUAUUGGUAGUUGGUUACUGUUUUAUUUGUUUAGGGACUUCGCCUAGAUUCCAAUACGAAAUUACCUGGGCUUUCUACCCCAUUUACCGUAAAAUUCUUGUACGUCCAUUUCUCACACAACUUUCAGCCCGUUUUCGGCCAAGAAUCCCUUUCUGUCGCCUGUUAUUCACAGUGAGGAACUGUAUGCCGCGGGUUACGAGCGAUCGUGCCGACUAAUAGAACUGGACAUUUCCACUUCAGGCUUCAAGUGAGUAACCUUUGCGCACUACGUUGCAUCAACCGUUUUUUGUUGGCUCGCAACCUCCUUUUUUCUGUGUAUGCUACCUAAUACAACUAAGACCAACUUCACUGAAAUCGAACAGAACGAACUAUUUUAGAAGCACACUUUUACUCCCCUUGAAGGCAGGACCGCUUCUUAAUUUGGGAACUAGUGCAAUAUGUGUAAUGUUGGAUUGGAUUGAUUCGAGUUGCAUCCUGAUAAGUUCGGCGAAGGCCUUCUGUGGCCCCAUACAAGGACUACCUACGCGCCUUACCGGAAAACCUCUUAGUGGUCUUGCCGUUUCAGCAUUUCUGUUCUUUGAGGAAACUGUGACGACUACGAUGUACGUCGUUGGUGCAAACUCCCCUGUAAGGCAUUGUUGGGAGGGAUUUUAUUCAUGAAAUGCAAGUUGUCGCUUUCACGCCAGUGAUCUCUUAAGAAAUUGUCUUAUGUUCUAUUGUUAGACUUUUUUUCUACUAAAGAGGAUCUCACGAAUGCGGACGGAACCCCGAAAGUGUUCGAAAAUUCUAGCAACCUAUGGACCAAGCUGUUUUUCCUCUUUAGAAAUUCAUUUGCGUAGUUGGAGUAAAGUCCACGGGACAAGUCUGUUCAAGUUCGGCCCGAAAGUCCCUAUGAAUAUUUGAGCCUAAUUUCAUCAACUUCGGUGGGCUAACUGUGUAAUACUCAUGACGCGUAAAGAUGCGGUCAGUAGCAUAUAAACAGAUUUAUUUACGAUACACCUGGUACAGGUAUCAACGUAAAGCCCAUGCUUGUUUUACCGGCUUUGUGCCGCUGCCUGUCGCAACUAUGGGGAUUCGGUUUAUGAGUGGAACAUCAUUCCUCUCUCAAUGCGAUUACUGAUGAAAUAGAACCCACUGAUGAACCGUACCCGUCAUAGCUACACAAUUCUGGGAAAACACCCGACUUUCCGGAGGUGUGGUGAAUAGCCCUCAGUUCUUUUUCUCCUGACCUCUAUGUUCGGCUUCAAUCUCAUCCAUGCCUUAUCAGACUACUUUACUCCUGACGUCAGAUACGCUGCCGGCGAUCAUCUUGCCGUGGUGCCGUGCAACUCUUCGCGCCUUGUCAAUCAACUUUGUGCAUUGCUAAAAGUGGAUCCUGAACAAUUAAUUCACUUCUCGGAUUCUGUCGGUGAGUUUGCAUCGUCAGCUUCGAUGCAUUCGGUUUGCAUUCUGCAUCAAAGGUUCUAUUACCACUGUGCAGUUUCCGCCUGCGAGUUAGAAAUACCAUGGAGGACUUGAUUGGCCUACCGUUUUCGUAGCAUUCCCAUGAAAGUUCUCACGACUGCAAACUACUGUAUCAUAACUUCUAGAAGACAACGGCGAAUGUCCUUUUGCUGAGUUCUUGACAAAUUUUGACUUCUGAAUUGGUUGAGCUAGGAGUGAAUGCAUCCACCUAUGCUAAUUGUCACCCUUUUCGUGAACUCUAGGCCUACCCGUCAAGACUAGCUUUCCAACGCCCUGCAGCUAUAGGACGGCAUUUACGCACUAUCUUGACAUCACAUCGCCCCCUCGUUUUUCGCUUUUGAGGAAGUUGGCUGCGGCUACGUCUAGCGAGGCAGAAAGAGAUCUUCUCCGGCUGCUUGCGUCUGGCACAGAGGCAGGAAAUGUAUGUUUUGCUCAUUUUCAUCCAGUUACCCCUAUGCCGCAUGAGCAGCUUCUUUCCAGCUACUUUGCACAAUCAAUUCUGGUCUUGAUCAUGUAUUCAUCCACACGAAUCGCUACUCUCCCUGCAUAUUUCGUCCUUCGGACCUGGAAUAUUCUUCCUACGACAUCCUAAAACCUGCCAUAAGACUCCCUCCCUUACCCACUUGCAUCUGUGGUAGUCCACUGGGUCCCUCACACACCCAUCGCUUUUCUUAUCACGUUUCCUUUCCUCACUUAACCUCCAACCGAGUUCUGCUUUGGCACAGUAGCCUGUAAUUUCUUUUGGUAGAGAUUUAGGCUGGUACUACUUGUCCCUUAACAUACCAUUACUGGAGAUACCUUUUUUCUAGACCGGCAGUGUAGAUACGAUGUAAAGUCAACCAUAUCUUCCGUAAUGGUAGCAUUGUAGGUAGUGUGGGUUCGCAGUUUCUGAUGCUGUUACUGCUUUCAUGACGUGAAGAACAGGUGAGGGCGCACACACUCAUAUAUGAUCUGCUCAUAUAUAAGCUCACCUCCACCUCUUCCUCUGUAAAUAUGCCGUCUGUUUGCAUUCUUCCACGAACAAAAGUUUAGUCUAUACGAGCACCUGAGCAAUUCAAUCAGUUCACCGAUCAACUGCUUGUUCACGUUUUCGGCCCUAGCGACGCUGUAGGAAGAGUAUGGGUAAUGCGAAUACCAAAAAAGUAGAAGACUUGGUCUUCUAAAUACUCAGGGUUUGCUUUACGUUGGGUUAGUUUGGGAUAUGUCCGUUUGUAUGACGGCAAAAGUGGUUAACAGCAGUUUCCCUUGUUCUGUAUACCCCUUUGAUAUACUAAACUAUUAAUCACUUUCUGUUUCGUUGCUUCCGAGGCUGGCUAUUGAGUCCGUCAUGGAAAAUGUGCCUUCCGUUAGUAGUUUCCUCGCGUUAGUCGUUACUUUCUGUUUAUGGUAAUACCUGGAGUCCACAUUUUCAACGGACAUUCCGGAUACGGAUCGGUCUCGCUUGACAUCAGUGGACCCGAUGCACCUGCAGCACGACCAGCCUGCCUCGUGUCUCACGACACACCACUACUAGCUCUACCAUUAAGGACUCUUCUACCAUACCGUAAAGCGUAGCCUCCAUUUCCCCUACCAACAGCAAUGUGGAAUUAAUUUCACGACAGCCCGAUGCAUCACUUCGCCACCACAAUCAACCCGCAUCAUACAUUCGAAAACUCCUCUGCCACCAGCACUAUUAUCUACACCACCAGUGUCGUCAUCACCAGCCUUGUAGCCGCCGUCUCAUCCUGCCAUUACUGCCACCACACUUUUGAAUCGCGCAACGGCCUGGUGGGUCGGUUGCGAGUCCAUCUCAAUGAGACCGGAGUACCCAUGCCAGGAGCCCCCGACAUACACCCGUUGGUCCCACCUCACCUGCCCACUGCCUCAGUACCCCAGCCAUCACAUGAGCUUAUUUGGCCAUAUGCGCCCCCAUGCAAAUUUCCGAUAAAACUGCACUCCAUACCUCAUUACCUCACCUCGCCCUACCUCUUCACACACCCCUGCGCUACGUGUGAAUCUAUAGCACAAUACCCACGUACACGCCAACAAAGCAACACGAUAUAUUCUCUCCUACAGCAAACAUGCGAUCCACUUUAUCGUCUUCAUCGUAAAAAACGAAACACCGCAUGCCAGUACAUGCGCAUUCCAUUUUUACGAGAAGCAUGCCUCUUAAUGUAGUCUUGUACAUGUAGUAGGGACCAAGUCGUAGACGGACUGUUUACGUUUACUAGUCACUGCUGGCGCGUCCGUCUUCGGUCCUUUUGACAUCGUCUUGUCACGGGAGCAAAGUGAGUGACUGAGAAGACAGAGAGAGAGAGAGAGAAGUAGAUACGGCGCAAGCCUGUCUCGCUGUAAACUAAUCUACCCACAAGUCACCGGUGCUGCCCCCCUUCCGUGGGUCAGGCGGUGGACGUCGUCUUUUGCGACUCUCAAAUCGUCAGGUAGUAGUAAAUCGCCGAGACCCGGGAAUUUAAAAUAGCUGUUAUUAAGUUUUGCGACAUCGCUUCGAAACCUUACUAGCUCGCUCGGGGUUAAGGGACAGUAGGACAAUACUGCAGGGCCGAAUCCGUUGCGGUCCUCUUAUGAAAAUAUUGCGUUCAUUUUUCUCCACAUAAGUCUAUUAACAAAUUUCGGUGGGCAGUACCCGCCAGAAUGUGAAUAACAGUUUCUGGUAAGUGAUUGGAGCACAUAAUUAUGAAAAUGCCCGUGUACCUUUUAUUCCAGAAAAAGUACGAAAAGUGGUUUCUGGCAGAACGUCGUCAUCUGGUUGACCUUCUGGAGGACCUUUCCUGUUGUCGGCCAGUGGCGAAGGACCUUCUGAGUGUCUUACCUCGUCUGCAACCCCGGUAUUAUAGCAUUGCUUCCUCACCGAGGCUGUUUCCCGACAGGGUUCAUCUUGUUGUCGCUGUGGUGAAGUAUGAGACGUCACUAGGUGAGUAAUGGGCAUUUUAUCGUCCGUUUUUCCCCUAACUUUACCGGUCCCGUCAGCUCACACAUCGCUAUGACUUUGGUGGUCGGAUACAAUUUUUCAUCACUUUAUUAGUUAAGUCACGCCGUAUAGUGUGCUUUCUUGUUUUCACCAGCGUUGCUAUCACGUACUGAUCAGCGCCAUCUCCAUUCCCCUUUAAACAGGGCUUCACAGCACAAAUAAAGGCUGUCUCAGUCUCCUUUGACAGCUUAGAAGAUGGUUUCUUUUAGAAUCGGCUGGUUGAAGUUGUAGCGGUUUUUGGUAAGACGGGCUGUGAACGAUUCUGUGUUUCAUUUCGUUCUGGAGGAACUGUGUCAUUUAUACUAGAACACGUCGAUUACCAUCAACACAUGCUAUGUCCUAUUAAUUCCCGGCUUCCGUUUUUUCACUUCUAUCCUUUGAUUAGCGCUUCCGAACUGCAGUUAUGAUUUUACUGUUCUCGACUGAACAAACUGUCAAGCAGCCAAUUGUAAUGUUAGGCGACCUUUGUUAUUUUAUUUUUCCCAGAAUGUUAUCCCAAUCCAAGAAAAGUUCACUUCCCCUUAUUCAGGUCGUUUGCGGUUUGGCGUGGCCUCUGAUUGGCUUUCUCGACUCCCCGAGAUGUCGCCGUCUCACUUGGUUCCAGUCUUUCUGCGUCGUUCGGAAAUGCGCCUUCCCCGAAAUCCACUCAUCCCGAUAAUUAUGAUUGGUCCGGGCACCGGCGUGGCUCCCUUUCGUGGUUUCCUUCAGGAGCGUUCCUUCAUCAAGUCAAAAGGUACGUAGUGCUGGCAUCGGACAUUGUACGGCUGCCACACGGAAAUUAACAACUUCCUCACUCAUCAAACCUGUUUGUAAUUGGGGUGAUACUUAACGACGCAGGUGUGGCCGACCGAAUAGUUAUCGUUCCGUACUGCGAUCGAUUUGCGUCCCUCUACCAUUGUUGAUAUACCCGAUCUUAACCGACAAGACAACAAACCCGUAGCUCAAUGGUUAGGACGUUGGACUUCGAACCAACGGUUUGCGAGUUCGAGCCUCGGGGAUCGAAUACCUCGGGGUUGGGUAUGACUGACUGACAAUGGCUAAUAAGCCAAAACUGGUCAUUUCAGUCCCCCUUGUCUUUGUCGGUAGUGCUAUUCUGCCUAUAUUAUCGUCCCAGUUAAAUGGCAUAUGACAUGACAGAUUUUGGUGGUUAGCUUAGGAUCGACAUGAUUCUUGUCCAUGAAUUCUGUAGUUACAGACUUGACAACUCCGAAGACAUUUUUAGCUGACAGAUGACAGAUUUAGCGAAUAUGGCAAGUGAGGCAGAACUUCAUAGCUGGUUUAUUUUCUUCGAUUCGGCACUGUGAGGAAAAUAACGUCGCAUGCAUUUUUUCAUACGCGAAUACCAAUAUACAAACUCCCUAGAACGUUAUCUGUGCGUUGGGAAGGUUCAAAAAGACAAUAUGUGCAUAUACUUUUCACGCUUAUCUCCUGAUGAAGUUGUCCAUCGUCAAUUGCGAAAGGUGAAUUGUCGCUCAUCUACUUUUUGUUUACGUCUUCGUAAAAAAAACCUGCGAUGCAGUGCAAUGCCUUUGGUUGAUCGUAGAUUGUCUUAUAUAGGGAGACAUUCUUUAAACGCUGCGCUGCCCCUUACGACACGUGUUAUUUAAACAGAAAAUGAUCGUAAAAGAGCCUCCCAGGUAUCACGGUACUGUUUCCUUUUUUAAUGGUUCACUUGUUUCCACCCCUGUGACCCCGGCUCGCACCAUUUCCUCAAUAGUAGGGACUCAGGGGACGCUAUUAGGGCAUCUAACAGGAAAGCCAACUCGUCCUAUUUACUUCAAUUACCAAAGUGGUUAACUACUUCCUUCGGUUUUGCUGUUGUAGGUGGUCGUCUUGGUGAAGCCAUGCUCUUCUUCGGCUGUCGUCAUCGUUCGCAGGACUUCCUUUUUUCCAACGAACUUUCCCAAGCACUCGCUACGGGUGUGAUUACCGACCUGCAGUGUGCCUUCUCAAGGGACCAGCCCUCCAAAGUCUAUGUGCAGGAUAAGAUGCUCGAAUUGUCGGCAAAGAUCUGGAGACUGCUGAGCCGUGAAAAUGGCGUCCUCUUUGUCUGUGGGUAUGUGUGCAUCACAGUUCAUUGGCGUCCGAGGGUCUGUAUUCUGACUGUGGGACUUUGCACGUGAAGUCUAAUUUGUUUGUUUAGUGCAGCCGAGGAAUGAGCUCCGACACAAGUGGACCGACUAGCCACCACGUUAACUUUUAUCAGUAGUGGUCCCUAGAAGACAAUCAGAGUUCGCUGAACGUAUUGCGACGACUUAACAAUUACAGACUAGCCCAGCGGGGGUCCCCAGCGAGUGCCGUGCAUUGGUUUCUUAAAUCAGGAACCCUACUGUAAUGAGACCUUAAAAUUUGGCUUCUCUAGUGCCCCCACGGAUGUGGUGUCCGGUUUAUGAAGCACAGCCGGAUUGUAGAGGAACCAGCACGCGUGUGGCGCAUAUAGCCCGCGGCGAAUGUCGGGCCAAACACAGCAUGAAGCUCGUUCUCCGUUUUGUUAUUCUGUCUUACUUUUCAAACAAACAUAAUAAUGGUAAAGAACACCCGUGGCAUGUCUAAGGUGGAAAAACUGUGCGCGCACACACGCUUAUAUCAGAACACGGGGAUUAUUCCGUCUGUCAGUUUAUCCGAUUCUUUGUCGUAAUUUUCCUCUGUUAUCAUAGCUCGGGCGAGCUCUGCCUGCUUUUUGCAUUCGGAGCAUGUUUGCUUCGGGAAGCAAAUGGAGCGGUUUGCGCUCAUUUCUGUUGACUACGGGUUGGUGUCACCAAGUAGAAAUUCACGAGCACAACUUGAUUUCUUUCCGAAUAACGUCCCUUUUUGUCAUGUUGACUUGGAAUGCAUGCUGCCUCUAUCCAGUCGACAAUUAAUCCAGCUUGACAUCUGCAUCGCCCACAAGUCGGCGCCCCCCCUGUGCUCCUGAGUGAUGGACCCCACACAAAAAGAGUAGCAAAAUAAUGUUAUUUAUGACAUAAAUGCGUCAAUUGCUGUUGCGCCUACAUUGGCCAUACAGGGCGAUGACUUGGGAUCCGCAUUAACGAAGACACACUAGCCAUUCGCCGACGUGACCCCUUAUCGGAAGUGCGUUCACCGAUCGGGUUACAGAAUAUGCUCGUCCCGUUGUGCUUUGGGGCUCGAUAUAGAGCUCCACAGACAAUCGCGCAGGCUGAAGGAGAUUGCCGACAAAGACCAGGAUGACGGUUUCUAGCUAAUUAACCGUCGUCAGACGGCCCCACCCGAACCUAGGUUUUGCAGCACCCUGGCCUCUAUCCUGCAUCGUGUUGUAAACCGACUUUAGUAUGUCCGAUGCUCUACUAAUUGAACUACGGACUCGUCCUGUCGGUUACGAUCGGAAAUAUUAACGAUGUCGGAAGUGUUCACUGAUCUGGUUACGUGGCGUGCUCGUCCUGUUUUGCCUUGGCGAUCGAUCUAGAGACCCCUUGCUUCCCAUAUACUGAAGUUGUCGCCAUGGCUAACGCCAGACAAGGAUUCCUUGAGGGUUGACACCCCAGCACAAGCAGUAUCGACCGCCAUGUCGACCCAUACGCUCAAUGGUCACUGGCUCGCCUCCGACAUGUUCUCCGGAAAACUUUCAUUCCUGUGACGCCUCUAUUCGAGAAUUCAAACGAAAUCCCCUUUACAAUAGUCAACUGCAUCCCUGUAAUAGACGCACUUAGUUUUGUUUUUUGAAAACUGGGCGUUUUCACGACUUUGACAAAAAUAUUUUGGCUCCAAUAGAAAAGACAGGUACCACCUUGUUCUCUUCCAUAUUCCUAGGAGUGCUGGUCGCCUAGUCAAGGACGUUCAGAGCACUUUGCUGCGGAUCGCGCAGAACGAAGGAGGUCUCUCCACGAUUGAAUCUGAUGAAUUUCUGACCUCACUGCGAGCGUCGAAACGAUAUAUAGUAGAUGUUUGGCGAUAG